AUGCUUACUCCUAUCCUAAUCGCUUCUCUCGUUUCAUUAAUUAAUGCUGCAUCUAUAGUGUCUCGCUCACAGUCCUACUCUCAGCCCGCUGUACUCGGCCCCCAAACUACAUUAACCAUAGCUAAUAAAGUCAUCGCUCCUGAUGGCUUCGAACGCUCAGCAACUCUCGUCAAUGGCAUAUUCCCUGGACCCUUGAUUGCGGCACAGAAGGGAGAUAACUUUUCCAUUCAGGUAGUCAACGAGCUCACAGACGAGUCGAUGUUCUUGAGCACCAGUGUCCACUGGCACGGUAUCUUCCAGAAUGGGACAAAUUAUGCUGACGGGACGUCCUUCGUCACACAAUGUCCCAUUGCACAAAACCACUCUUUUGUACACAAUUUCUCUUCUCCGAACCAAGCGGGCACCUACUGGUAUCAUAGCCAUUAUUCCGUCCAAUAUUGCGAUGGCCUGAGGGGAGCCCUAGUAAUUUAUGAUCCUGAUGACCCUUUGGCAUACAUGUAUGAUGUCGACGAUGCAAGUACCGUAAUUACACUUUCCGAUUGGUAUCACGCUGUGGCCCCCGUCAUGCGCCACCUUGUAGACGCCGAUGCCAACUCCACACUUAUCAACGGACUGGGUCGCUAUGCAGGCGGACCCGCGUCUGAGUUGGCUGUGAUCAACGUCGAACAGGGAAAGCGAUAUCGCAUGCGGCUGGUUGCAAUGUCCUGCGACCCUAAUUUCAACUUUACCAUCGAUGGCCACAUCUUCACCGUCAUCGAAGCGGAUGGACAGCUAACCGAACCACUAGUGGUAGACCAGCUCCAGAUUUUUGCGGGUCAACGCUACUCUGUGGUUCUGGUAGCCGAUCAGCCGGUGGAUAAUUACUGGAUACGCAGUCUUCCUAAUUUGGUGAAUCCAUCCUUCGAGGGAGGACAGAACUCUGCUAUAUUGCGCUACCAAGGCGCUCCACAGGUCGACCCGACCACGGCUUAUGUGCCACCCCAGGACAUAUUGGUAGAGACCAACUUGCAUGCUCUUAUCAAUCCCGGUGCUCCUGGCAUUCCAGGAUAUGGGAACGCAGAUAUCAACCUCCACUUCAAGGUUACCAAUGACACCGGAUUAUUCUAUAUCAAUAAUGUCACAUUCAGCCCCCCCAGCAUUCCUGUUCUACUCCAAAUUCUCAGUGGAGCUCAAGAUCCGUUCCAGCUGCUCCCAAACGGGAGUGUAUACGCUCUAGGACACAACAAAGUAGUGGAGCUGACAAUGGAAAUACCAGUAGUACCCAAUGUUCCAGGUGGACCCCAUCCCAUACACCUUCAUGGGCACGCGUUCGAUGUUGUACAGAGCGCAGGCAACAGCACCUUCAAUUAUGUUAACCCAGUUCGCCGCGAUGUAGUAAGCGCAGGCAACCCUGGGCAACAAAUGGUGAUACGAUGGACGACCGACAACUAUGGCCCGUGGUUCUUGCAUUGCCACAUUGAUUGGCACCUUGAUGCCGGGUUUGCCGUGGUAAUGGCGGAAAGUCCCUUAGACACCGCUGCACAUCUAAACCCCGUUCCAAAGGAAUGGGAUCAGCUGUGCCCGACCUUUUACUCCUUAACACCCACGCAGUUGGGGGGUGAGGGUCGCCUCUCCUGGGAAGAAGCAGCUAGUAUUACCACUCUCCUCUUCCCAGAAACACCUCUCCCCGGGCAUAAAUAGAUAAUCGAUUUCGUUUAUUUGGGGGCAGCUCAGGUUCGCGUUAUAGUAACGCAUCAAACAGGGGCGACUGUAGUGGCAGACCUGUGCAUCACCAACGCAUUUUUUUGACUGUGGGAACUUCUUCACUACACCCAAAACAUAGCUAUUUCCAACAUUUCUCACACUGCCCCCAACACAUACUAUAGAGAAGUAUUAGUGUAGGUAAUUAAUAUUUACACAUAAUAGAGGUCGCCGUAAAACCCUCUUUAUUUGUUUUUGUUCUAAUACAAGCUCUACAUAGAAACCUGUAUAUAUAAUACAGGAUCAGAAACACAUUUGUAUCUUCC